AUGAGAAAUCAGUUAUUUCAACACCGUUUCCUCUUCCUCCUGUCCGUCAUGCUUCCUGUUAACCUCCUGCUAGCUUACUCACUGAAGAACUGCUCCGUCAGUUAUUCUAAUAAUGUAACUCGGGUCGAGUGUUCAGGUCGUGACCUCGCUGCGGUUCCUCAUGACGUUCCCAAAGACGCAGUUUCUCUAAACCUCGGCUCAAACCACAUUUUAAAGAUAAAACGGACCGAUUUGAGCAGAUUAUUGAAGCUUGAAUAUUUACAAAUUGGAAAUAACUGGAUUUUGCGUAUAGAUGAUGGAGCUUUUGCCGACUUGGAGUUAAAACAACUGGACCUGAGCUCAAACAGUAUCAGAAACCUGACGGACAACAUGUUUCAGGGACUUGGGAAAUUAACUAAUUUGUCUCUGGAGAGGAACCAGAUCUCGGACAUCUCGCCGCUCGCCUUCCGCUCCCUGAUCAGCUUAGAGCAGCUAAUUCUGACCAACAACCACCUGCACCGGAUGACAGAUCUUGUGCCGAUCUUACAGCUACCAAACUUAAACAAUCUGAUCCUCGACUUUAACAAGUUUGUCUCUUUUCAGACGGACGACCUGCCUCUUAACAAAUCGAACCUCCGGAUGUUGAGCAUGUUCGGGGGUCGACUGACCAAGUUCAGCAUCACCAGAGACGUGUUUCCUCGUCUUCAGUCCGUCAGUUUAACGGCAGUUGACGGCUUUGAGUGGGACGUACCGGAGCCGGAGUUCCUGCGGAGCCUCAACACUCUGCGGUUGAAUGAAUCGGACGUUAGUUGCGGGACGUAUCGAGAGAUGCUGACGAGUCUUCGCUCAGUGAAGGAACUGUCGCUGAGCUUUGUGAAGAAUCAGCGAGACAGACAUCUGGUGUCCAUCGCCUGCCAAACUCCGGCUCUGACAAGUCUUGAUUUGAGCGGAAAUUACUUUGUCAGCAUAAACAGAACACUUCUGCUGUCCUGCUCUCAACUUACUGAUCUGGAUUUAUCCAAUAAUCACCUGGAAGAGCUGGAAGAGCUUUCACUCAGAUCCAUGAUGAAGCUCAGACGUCUAGACUUAAGAGAGAACUGGCUGUCCAGAGUCCCGCUGGGCGUCGGCGGCGUCUCAACACUUAAGAUCCUGGAUCUGAGCGUGAACGCCAUCAGCGCGUUGGGCUGCUCCGACUUUAGAAAACUGACAAGGUUAGAAAAACUCUUUCUCAACCACAAUCGCAUUGCAACACUCAAGGGGUGUGUUUUUCGAAAUCUGAAUGAGUUGAAAGUUCUAAAUGUUGGAGAAAACGGAGUUCAUACGCUCACUGAUUUCUUCAAAGUCAAUUUAAAGAAACUAAAAGUUUUGGAUUUGACCAGGAAUACUUUGAAGCACAUCAAAACAGGCGACUUCAGGAACCUCCACUCCCUCCGCUCGUUGUACUUGGAAUCAAAUACAUUUUACGUGACUCAAAAACGAGCUUUUGAAGGACUGAACAGCCUUAAAACUCUUGUUGUUACACCGUUUUUUUACAACAUGUCUUACAGAGGGAUUUUUAGAGAACUACAUCAACUAAAAAGACUUAAACUUCAUCUCACGUCGUCAUCGUCAUAUAAAUGUUCUCUUCAAAAGACUGAAACACAGUUUUCAGUUUUUCCGUUACCUUUCCUGAAGAGCCUUCAAAUUAAAAGUUACGAUUGGCGUCAUGAAAUCUCUCCAGAUUUCCUAAACGGUCUGAAGUCUUUGGAGGACUUUGCAGCAGAGAAAUUCUUCGUAGAAUCACCUCAUCGAGACUCGUUUAAAUACACUCCUCACCUGACGAGUCUUCAGAUAACACAGAGUAAACUACAAGACUUCAACCCUGAACUGUUUCAGCCGAUCCCAAACCUGCAGACUCUUAAUAUUUCCAAUAACAAGCUCAGAUCUUUAGAUUUUCUGAGGCAGGUCAAGCUCUCUGCUCUCACCCGGUUAACUCUGAGAGACAAUGAGAUCACAGUGAUCGACGAGUCCGUCUUCCAGUCUCUCCCUGCUCUAACAUACCUGGACCUGUCCGGUAACCCUUUCACUUGUGACUGCUCCAACGCCGGAUUCAUCCAGUGGGCGAAGAACAACAACCAAACUCUGGUUGAUAACGGACAUCAGUACGACUGUGCCUUUCCUGCGGCUCAACGGGGGAGAAAGCUGCUGGACUUUGACGUCCAGUCCUGUUGGACAGACUAUGGCUUCCUCUGCUUUGUUUCCAGCACCUGUCUGACUUUACUCACUCUCCUCACGUCCUUCACCUACCACUUCCUGAGGUGGCAGCUGGCCUACACCUUCCACCUCUUCCUGGCCUUCCUCUACGACAGCAGGAAGAGGAAGAAGGGCGCCGCUCAUCAGUACGACGCCUUCAUCUCCUACAACGUUCACGACGAGGCCUGGGUCUACAGGGAGAUGCUUCCUGUGCUGGAAGGAGAGCAGGGCUGGAGACUGUGUCUGCACCACCGAGACUUCCAACCAGGUAAGCCCAUCGUGGAGAACAUCACAGACGCCAUCUACGGCAGCAGGAAGACCAUCUGUGUGAUCAGCCGGCGCUACCUGCAGAGCGAGUGGUGCUCCAGAGAGAUCCAGAUGGCCAGCUUCCGUCUGUUCGACGAGCAGAAGGACGUGUUGAUCCUGCUGUUUCUGGAGGACAUCCCGGCCCGCCAGCUGUCUCCGUACCACCGCAUGAGGAAGCUGGUGAAGAGACGCACCUACCUGAGCUGGCCGCUGGCCGGCCGCCACACGGGAGUCUUCUGGCAGAACGUCCAGAGAGCUCUGGAGACGGGGGACGCUCCCACCGAGACCCCCAACCUGCUCGCUCCCGUCCAACUUUAA